GCAGCAGUGUGCUUGUGCGUGGUUCUAUAUUUCGAUAGGAGCAGCAUAGUGGAAGUAUCGUUUAGCUGCAGGACUAGUGUUGACGACGGACGAGUUGGAAAAAACAUCCACAGAUACCACACAAUAGCCAGCGCCGGUAUAACUAUUACCCAACACUCCCAAAGCUAAUAACAAAAAAAUUAAAAUGCAGUCCUCAAUGAUGGAGAAGCUAAGCUUCCUUUACAAACCGUACGUGUUGGCCGUGCUGACGAUCGGUUAUAUUGCGGGCGAGCUUGGCCACUACCUGAUCGGUGUCACAUCAAAGGCAACAGCCAUCGAGCUGGACUAUGGCGAUCAAGCGUGCCAGCAGAACCAUACCGACUUUCUACGCCACGAGCUACCGGCCCAGUGUGCUGAGUUCAUCAUCGAACACGAAUGCCAUCAGCAGCACAUAAACGGAACGGUGUACUGCGAGUGGAACUACAACGGACUCGGGCUCGAAUAUCAGCUACUGGCCGGUCCGAGCUUCAUUGCCGUGUUUACGGUAAUGGGUGUCGUAUUGGGUGUUGCCGCCGAUCGGUACAAUCGCGUCCGGAUGCUGUUCGUGUGCACGCUCGUAUUUGCCGUGGCUAUCCUGUUUCAGGGUACGGUCAAGGAAUACUGGCACUUGAUACUGUUGCGCAUGGUGAUGGCUGCAGGUGAAGCUGGCUGUAAUCCGCUCGCCACCGGCAUCAUGUCGGACAUCUUUCCGGAAAGUAAGCGUGCCCUUGUGAUGGCCAUCUUUAACUGGGGCAUUUACGGAGGGUACGGCAUCGCAUUCCCGGUUGGCCGUUACAUCACCAAGCUGGACAUUGGGGGUUUGGGCUGGCGUGUGUGUUACUAUGGCACAGGAGUGCUUGCUCUUAUCAUGGCCGUGCUCACCGGAACGACUUUGCGCGAACCGGAACGUCAAAGUAUCGGCGAAGAUGCGGCAGGAAAGGCGAAGGUUAACCUGUGGAAAGUGUUGCUGCAGCCGCGCGUUCUGUUGCUAAUGUUUGCCGCAUCGAUCCGUCACUCGGGCGGAAUGACCUUCGCGUACAACGCCGAUUUGUACUACAACAUCUACUUCCCGGAUGUCGAUCUUGGAUGGUGGCUAUUCGCUGUGACGAUCGGUAUUGGCAGCAUCGGUGUGGUGGUUGGAGGCAUCGUAUCGGAUAAGUUUGUCGCCAAGAUGGGUAUCCGAUCGCGCGUCGCCUGUUUAGCGAUUAGUCAGCUUUUGGCAACACCAUUUGCAUUUGGUUCCGUAUACUUCGAACCGCUCUGGGCGAUGAUUACACUAGGAAUCAGUUACUUCUUCGCUGAGAUGUGGUUCGGUAUCGUGUUUGCCGUGCUGGUAGAAAUUGUACCGCUGCAGGUUCGGUCAACAACCAUCGGUGUGUUCCUGUUCGUGAUGAACAACAUUGGAGGCAACCUGCCAAUUCUUGUCGACCCGUUGGCGAAGGCCAUCGGUUACCGUGGGUCAGUUAUGUUCUUCUACGCCGGCUUCUACGGCAUCAGUACAGUGCUGUUCUUCAUCACCAUGUUCUUCAUGGACGGACCGAAGCCGGAUGCGUCGGCAACCAUCGGACACGAUCCGACCAGCCACGCCAACCACGUAGAGAUGGGUCACGAAAACAACACCUUCCAGCCGGAUGAUUAUCUGCCACCGCCGCACAGCAAUGGUGCCAACGGACACAGGAACAUAGUCAGCGUCCGGCCUUCGGAAAGUAGCCGCCUCUGAACUGGAGGGUACCAAUCCAUAAGGCCACGCCUUCAGUUCUACGACGACUAACUCGCAAAGUACCUCUGUGCCUAGACUGUAUAUGUUUUUAUUAUUUUAUUAUAUUUUGUUUAACUAAGUGCGAACGAUGCCACGAACAAUGGAACAAUGAGAAGGGUUUGGCCGGCGCCUAAUUACAACAACGGGUGCCCAACGGCAAAAGUCUCUUCGAUCGAAUAAGCUUUUAAGAUAUUUAUACUCAUCGAUGUCGAUGAACAAUCUCUGGUGUAGAGAAAGGAAGAUAUACAAACACCACAUAAUAACGAAUCUAAAGAAAAUGACAGAUUAAUGUAAGAGAACAUUCAGUAAUCUACCAACAGAGCUUUGACAUAAGUUAAGCAUCAUCUUGAUCACCUGCGUCUCGUCAUAAGCUAAUGUUUGUAGAUGCGCGCCACUAUCAUUGAUAUUUAAUAAAUGAACCAACACUGUUCUCGAGAUGGAAAUAUUUCGGGCAGAUCUUACUACAUGUUAUGGAGU